UCAGCAAUGACUUCAGCAGAUCGAAAUAGUCGAGCAGAGGAGUAUGUUAAGGGGGGCAAGAAACUCAGCAAGUGGGAAAUGUGGGUGGCCCUGGAGACAUAUAUGCAGCUCCAGGAAAAGUUUGGCUGGGAUGCCUUUAAGAAGGUGUUUGCUGCCUACCACAAGAUGUCCAACUUUCCCAAUGACAACAACGGAAAGAUGAACCUGUAUGCAGAGACUUUCUCCCAGACUGUGGGGAUGAACUUGGCUGGAUUCUUCAAGGCCUGGGGCUGGCCCAUCGAAACAGCCACUGAAGAGAAACUCUGCAACCUGCCUCCCUGGAGUGACCACCCCAUGGUCCAGUAUGACUGAACAUCAGACUGCUGCUGAUUAACAGUGUAGAGAGAUGGGUUCACUGAGUACCAAAUACUUGAUAUUGACUUUUUACUGGGUGAUUCAAUUUACUGGCUUUGUUCUUUUUUAUUGUAUGUACCAUGUAUUUUGACCACUGCUACAAUGUGGGCUAGAUUUGUAUUCUGAAGAUGAGUUAGAAAAACAGUGAAACUUUUAUUUGGAAAUGCAACCUGCCUCCCAGGAGUGACCACCCCAUGGUCCAGUAUGACUGAACUUCAGACUGCUGCUGAUUAAAAUUGUAGAGAGAUGGGUUCAAUGAUUACAACUUCAUGAUAUUGAGAAUUUACUGGGUAAUUCAAUUAACUGACUUUGCUAUAUUUUGACCAUAGUUAUUGCAACAUUUUAAAAAGAUACAUGAGCAUAGUUGACCUGAUAUUUACAGCUUUAAAGUAGCUCCUGUUGCUUUUAAAUCAAAAUACCAAAACCUGUGAGGUCAUUAAAUGAACACAACUGCUACCAGGAUUCUAGGUAGAAAAACUAUAAAACUGUUUUAUUUGAAAGUUCAGCAUUAAAACGUGUUCUGUGUCUUGGUUAA